GCUCCUACGUUCGUGACGAGAGGACCCACGGCGUGUGCGACCCGCGCUUCCUCGCCAGUUCCUCCAGGCCGCAGCCUCUCGCAGAGCGCAUCUUCGUCGCUCCGUUAACUGGAUUUAUUUCGAAACGACAGUAGAUAGAGAGGGGCCCUCUUCGUCUUCUCGUUCUUCUUAAGCAAACACCUCACGGCUCAUUUGUCGUUUUUUCUACCGUAUUUGUACUCCACGCCGUAUAGUCGUAGAUAGUGAUUAGAGAAUUACAUGCUUUUGUAGAACGACAGUGAAAGUAACCAAUGAAAAUAUAUUUGUGUGAAAUCAAGAUUUGGCAGUGCCUACGUAUGAACUAUGUGGCACGCUGGGUGAAGAGGCCUGUAGAUGAAAUGCGAAGAAAAACACGUUGCAAUGAGUGAGGUGGAAAUGAGGUACAGUUCGUAACAUUAAUCAAAUAUCGCUCAUGUCGACGCCUGGACAUUGUUGACACUUCACCAUGUCGAAGAGAAACCUGGAACUAUUCCUUCUCUACUGGAUUUCAGCUCUGCAUUUAGGAUGGUCAUUACCCCAGUCCUUCCGCGUGGCUCCGCAGAACGUGGAGGUGGUGGCCGGAAAUGACGUCACUCUUCGCUGCGAGGUGGAAAAUCAACAAGGGAAAGCGCAGUGGACGAAAGAUGGAUUCGCUCUAGGAUUCAAUCGCUCGAUCCCCGGCUUCCCGAGAUACAGUGUCGUGGGAGACGAAUCGAGAGGAAUCCACAAUCUGCUGAUAACUGAAGUGGAGAUAGGCGAUGAUGGGGAAUACCAGUGUCAGGUGACUCCGCCCAGCAGCGGUGGAGGCAAAGCUAUUAGGCAUGCAGCCAAUCUCACCGUCCUUUUACCACCGACAAGCAUAGAAAUGGUGGACCACGAACCCAACGCCAAGAUAACCGUCAAAGCCGGGGACUCUGUGACUCUUCAGUGUGCGAUAAGAAACGCCAAGCCCGUCUCCAAGGUGGCUUGGUAUAGAGGAAAUGAUCCAUUGCGGUUGGAUUCGCAAACCGACAGGAAAGAAACGUCCGAAAACGACCUCAAUUUGAAGACUCUGAAGACGACCAUAACCUUUCGUCCAACGCAUACGGACAAUGGGGUGGAGUACAGUUGUCGCGCCGUCCAUCCAGCUCUUGAAGACUCUAAUACCCAGAUGGUAGCUAAAGUCAGGCUAGAUGUCCAUUACGAGCCAGGCGCCCCAGAGAUCACGGGCUACACCGAAGGGGAAAUCGUGAGGGCGGGAGACAGGAAGACCCUAGCGUGCAGGGCGCGGGGCGGAAACCCCCUCCCGGAGGUGUUCUGGUACAAGAACGGCGCCCAGAUCGACAAGAACUUCAACAAGCACCGGAACUACGCCGUCAACGAGUACGAGUUCGAGGUCGAGGCGUCGGACAACCUGGCCAAGUACGAGUGCCACGUCAUGAACUCGAUGACGAAGCAGCCGAAGAAAGCCGAGAUUCAGCUGAGGGUCAAUUUCGCCGCCUCACAAGUGACCAUUUCCGGACCGAGCGAAGUGAAGGUGGGAGACAUAAUCGCCGUGAGCUGCCUCGCCGAAAAUUCGAACCCCCCAGCGGACGUCAAUCUGGUUAUCAACGGACAGACGCCCCCCGGAGCUACGUCCUCGACGCAGAAGGUUGAUAAUGGAGGAUGGAACACCAUUACAAACCUUACCAGUUACGAAGUUCGACCAAUAGAUUCAGACUUGACAGUGAACUGCUAUGCUCUGAAUCAGGCCCUCGGCUCAACCAAGAUCGACACAAUGGUUAUAAGUGUUUUACGACCUCCCGAACCGCCCACCAUCUUGGGAUACGAACCAGGCCGAAGGCUUCGAAAAGAUGACCCUCAGAGGCUGACCUGCAUAAGCAACGGCGGCAACCCUCUGGCGACCCUGCAGUGGUUCAAGGGCACGCAGGAACUCCAGGCGGAUACCCGCCACGAAGGCGGUUCGGCCAUCUCCGAGCUGAACAUCUCCUUGGACGAGUCCGACAACGGAGCAGAGUACAGAUGCGAGGCGACGAAUCCCGCUUCCCCGACGCCGCUUAUCAACUCGACGAUACUGCAUGUUAUGUUUCCCCCUUCAGGAGUGAAGGUGAAGACUCGCCCUCGGCCAAUCAAGGCGGACUCACAAGCGACGCUCAUCUGCGAAUCGGCCUCCAGCAACCCCAUGGCUAAUGUCACCUGGUGGAGGAGCGGCUUCGAGGUCGACCACGGGGACAUCGAGGUCAAGCCUGGCCAAUACGGAGGACACACCACCAAACACUCGGUGCGAAUCAAUGUAACAGCGCAAGAUGACGGGGCUGUCUUCACCUGCCAGGCUGAUAACAGAGUUGGACCGACGACGCACGAUGCUGUAACGCUGAGUGUCCGAUUUCCUCCAGUCUGGAAAUCCAGCCCCAAAGAUUCCAUGGACGUAUCCGAAGGCGAGAACGUGGUCGUGAACGUCAGCGCCGUGGGAAAUCCCAACAGCAUCACGUACAUCUGGAAACGCUACGACGAGGUCGUCAUGUCUGGGAGCUUCCUGAACAUAUCCUCGGUGACGAAGGACCAGGCCGGGUUUUACACAGUCGAAGCCACCAACGAAGAGGGGACCUCAGUCAAGAAUAUCUCCAUCAACGUCAAGUAUGCCCCCACCAUCGUGGACGUCACGGGGGGUCGGAAUCUUACCCAGGGGGAGACAGUGACGCUCCUUUGCAAGGCGGAUGCGUCGCCCUCGCCGGAGAUCAAGUGGCAGAGGGAGGGCUACAACUUCUCCAAGGCCCACCACGAAAAGAGUCCCACGAAGGACCUCAUGGGGCUGACUAUUAAAAAUGUGACUUUCGAGGACACUGGCGUCUUCACGUGCGUGGCCACCAAUGGCAUCGGGGAGCCAGCGACAGCUAAUGCCACCAUAGUCGUCAAACACAAACCGAUCAUCGACCAGUCCCCCAGGUUCCAGAAAGCAGCUGCCGAGGCAGGAGGGAACGCGCGUCUUAUCUGCCGGGCUUCGGGGGCGCCUUACGUCUCUUUCACGUGGUUCACCAGAGACAACACCCCUAUCGAGAAGGCCAUCUACGCUCGCUUCGAUAACAGAUAUCUCGUCGAGGAGCCAAAGCUCGUAGACGGCUUAGUGACCUACGAGAGCGCCCUGCUGGUGAAGAACGUCUCCAACAAAGAUUACGGCUUCUUCGAGUGCCAGGCACGCAACCCGCUGGGGUUCCGAUCGGCCAUACACUUGGACGGCACCAGCAAGCCGGAUCCGCCUAUGGAUUUAAAGGUUCUAAAUUUUACCCACGAUUCAGUAACCCUAAUUUGGACACCCGGAUUCGACGGCGGUUUGAUUCAGAAUUACCGAGUUCGGUUUACCAUCGCUGGUUCAACCAGGUACCAGUAUGCCGAUGCAUAUCCUGAGAACGUCACGAUCUUCACGGUGUACGGACUCACCUUAGGCACCACUUACUCCUUCAGCGUCCUCGCAUACAACUCCAAGGGCGAGUCGGAUUAUACGAAGGACGAGGUGCAGGCUACCACGGAGAGUACGGCGCCCCCGACGGAAACGCCCCCCACCGGAUCAACGACCCCGGGGACGCGCGUCUCCGGCCUGAUCGUCAUCAUCAUCACUCUGGUGGGCGCGGCUCUGCUGGUCCUCAACGUGGCUCUGGUGGCCUGCUUCAUCAAGAGGCGAGCGCGCAAACGCCUGACAGCCUCGUCAGACAAGGGCUCCAGCAAGAGCACCACCAUCGAGAUGUAUGCCCCGUCGUCCUACACUGGCACUGUCACGGGAGAGACCCUGUCGUCUAUCUCUGAGAAGUCCCGCGAGAGCUACGCCCAUGAGGACUCGGCCGACGAGUAUGAGGCCGAAGCCGCCAGGGUGACAGCAGCCAGCACAUACCUCAUAGAGCAGCUGGAGCCCCCUCCCCAGUAUGCCACGCGACCCCUCCCCUCACUCCUCCCACCCCCACCCUCCCACAAUGACCUCAACAUAGAUGAUGGAUAUGACGACAUCAGGCGGAAUCAGUAUAAUGCGGCGCUAGAUCGAGCCAGCGGAUACGGAACGCUGGGCAGAAGGAAUAACACGACGGAUCAUUACAACAUAACGAACGCCGAGGGCGGCCACUACUCGCUCCAGACCCAUCGCUACAACACGUAUCAGCCGCCCAACCACACCACUUCCCUUACGGCCCAUACCCACAACACGGACUCCCUCAGGCGAAACCCGCCCUCGAAGCUCCACUUCCCUAAAGACUACAUUCGAAAUGGGUCCAUGAACAUCCCCGUGACGGGAAGUGCAGCUCCUUCUUCUGCUGCUCCUGGAGUAGGAGGAGGAGGAGGAGGCGGCCUGGGCGGGAAAUUCCCCAACAACCCAUCCCCGACGCGCACCCACCCACCCCACACGCCCAUGCUCACGACUUUCGCCUCCGAUCCAACCCAGCCCACCUCCGGAGUCCCUCUCGAACAUCGGGGUCACCUCGUGUGAGAUAUCUCUCCUCUCCUGAGGGGGACACGUGAUCUCUUCAUGUAAAUUGACUUGUUAAAGACAGCUACAACUUAUCCAAAGAUUAAAAAACAAAAAAAACAUUGGUCCAUUGUAACCUUUAUUUUUACAGUACUCAUGCCUGUUGAUUAUAUACCUAAAGAUAAGGAAUUAAUUGCGUUUCGCAAGACGUCAACGGAAUACCCAAGUUCUGUCAAUCGUAUAAUUAUAAAAAAGAAAACUGGCCCAUAACGUCCCAGAACUGGGACCUGAAGGUGCGUCGUUUGGGUUACGGAGAGCAUCAAUCAACAUUGCUUUUAAAACGCCGAUGGUAAAAGUGAUAAUGUUCCAUCAUCUCCCAAGAAAGCAAGAGACGGAGAUUGCCACAUGCUGGUGAUUAGUGUACUAUGGAAAAAAAAUAUCUGGCCCAUGAAAAGGAAAGAGAGUAUUUUUGUGUCCUUUAUAAAUGAGGACACUAACUGACUCCCAAAGUGUGGUUUUGUGCAGCGUUAGUAGCUACGUUUGGACAUCUCAGAUGCAAAUGAAAAGUUACUUAAAGACUAUGAUGGAGAAGCAGAAUGGUUCUGGAAGGAUGCUUAACAUUCCAUUUCCAGCUGAAAAAGGAGGCAGCUGUCACGUGUCGUAAAGUGGAAAAAGCCACAGGAACUGAUUAUGAAAUAUCUCCUUCGAUAUUUGAGAAAAUAAUGCUGCAUAGAAAUUACAGGAAAAAAACACACACAAAGAAAAAGUGAACGGUCCAUUUUGUAAUUUUUUUGAGAAUUUCUUUGGGAGCGCAACCACAUAUCAGGUCAAAUUCUCAGUGGUGUUUUCUUUUUUUAUCACUUUUAUAUGAAGGCUCAGGAGAGCUCACUGUGUAAAGAUGAAAAACAAGAAAUUUGCAAAUAGCCAAAGUACUGCUCAAUAGUGUGAUGUGUAAGAUAUUCAUAUUCCAUAUUAAGGUGGGAUCAUGCGUUCAAGCGUCCAUGUUUCCAAAUAUAUAAAAAAAAUAAUAUAAAAGUGACUGACUUCUUGCAUAAAUGUGAUCAUGAUUGUGUUGUUUCCGUGACACUGUCAGUGUGAUGUCGUCGCCUGCUCGUUCAUAAAAAGACUGUUUGACUUGUGACUUCUUGCUGGAAAGCCGAAGUAACAGCAACAAUUCCAGGUGAUCAUCAGCUUUCUGAGUUCCAGAAGUCAAAUGACUUGAAGAACCCAGUAUUGCUGACCCAGGCUGACAUGGAAGUGCCUUGUAGCCAGACAUAGAUAAUCCUAAACAGUAAAUUUUAGGGAAAUUUCUCUUAUAAGAACAGUACCACCCCAACCCCCCACAAUCCCCUUACCACCCUUACCCAUACGAUAAGGCGUUUGUUUGCAAUUUGUUAAUUCCCUACCAUUAUCACCAAUGACAGCCCCGUGGAUUUUUUGAGACACGAGUCUCGCGUCCUCUUCAUUGCAGAAGGCAAUUCCGCAUUUGCUUCAACCCAGGAGUUUAAAUUAGCGGUCUUCAUAAUGGGAAAGCUCUCCGGAUUUUUUCCUUUUUGUUUACAUCGAACAUUUCCAAAAGCCAUUCCUCCUUUUGAUUUAUGACAAUGAUCGGAGUGAUUUCUUCAAAAGUAUUGAAUAUUUAUACUGAAUACUUGCAAAUUAUAUA